CAGUGAUAUAUGUGAGGUAAUGCCCCCAGAUGCAUGGUUUGGAUCUACAACUGCAAACCCAGAUGGAUCAACACAAACUACUCCAACUCCUGAAAACUUCCAAUCCUGCGGAUUUGAAGAGAAUACUUGUGAGUACAGCUCACCUUCUAAAGAUAAAUGGAUUCGCACAAAUGCUGAGGAAUUAAGUAACUCUGAUAAACCUGUACCCGGGGGAAUAGAUAAAGGUUAUUUUGCUUACGUGAGUGGUGAUCUUGGUGAGCCUAAAUCAACUUUGCUACUUGAAUCUAAAAUGCAUGAUGAAACAAUUGCUACUUGUAUGCACUUCUUUUAUAACAUUCAGCAAAAUGGAUCGUUUAAAUCUCUCCGAAUAAAAAUACAAGAUCAUGAUGGAUAUGAAGAAUAUCUUUGGGAACUAUCAUCUGUAUUGUCAAAUGGAGAUUGGGAAAUCGGACAAGUUUACAUAUCCGCUCCCAGGAUAAUCAUUGAAGCUGAAAAGGGAGAUGGAACUAGUGGAUAUAUAGCAGUUGAUGAUCUACUGUUUGUGAAAGAAGAAUCUUCCAGUGCUUGCACUGUUUUUCCACCAGAAGCGGUUGUUACACCAACAGAACACCCCCCUACUGAUGGAACAACUCACAUCCCACCAACUAUAUUCUGUGAAUUUGAAACUGAUUUUUGUGGAUAUGAAGUAACUGGACAUGAAAACUUCAUGUUUAUUCGGGAGAAAGGAAAUAAUUUUAAUGAUAUAAAUGAUGGACCUAUCACUGACAGCACUGGAAAUAGAGAACAUUAUUUUGCAUAUAUUUCUGCUAGAGAUAGUGAAACAGAACUUAAAACCUCAGAAAUUGAGAUACCAAUGAUUCAUGGGGCAAAUCAUUUAUUAGAAUGUUUCCAUUUCUGGUUUUCUAUCAAGCAUGAAGGUGGUAUACAAAGUAUAAAUGUUGUUCAACAAGAUGAAGAACUGGAAGAUCAUCCAGGUACUAAAAUACAUUUAUUAUAUGUUUCCUUUUAUUUAUUACCAUAUAUGAUUCACAAUUGUACAGCGGUUACCAAGAAAAUUUUGAUGAUCAUAAUAUAGCAUGCUUAGCCAGAC